GUUAGGAGAAGGGGGUUCUGAAGCUGAGUUGGCAGGUGGAGCAGUGGGUUGACUAGGAGGGUUAGUGUUUUUCAUAAAAGCUAUGAGUUCCCCCACACUUUUCUCUAACAACUCAAGCUGAGUAUUUAGUUCAGCAUUUUGUUGAAUAUUAGAAGGAGCAAUUGGUUGGUUUGACUGAGAAAUGAGUUUUUUAAGGAAAUACAAUAUUACAGCUAAAACAAUCAAAACCUCAUGGGAAAGUAGUAUGUCAAUUAGACUUUGCCAUAAGCUCCAUGGGAUGAGCCAUUUCAGAGAGACAAAGGAUUCUAUAUUUACAAGUUUGGUCAUGGAGCUGAUGAGCCAGUUGUUAAGUACAUUAUGAAGUGGCUGUAUCCACAUAUUUCUAAAGUAAACACAUGGGGAGCAGGACUGGGCCAAAAGCUUUCCCCAGGUUUCCCUUAAUCCUAAUCUAGGCAGUUGUUCCCUAAAGGAAAGGGUAUUUAGAAACAGCUCUCCUAGCCAGGACCUUAGGGCCCUGUUGCUAAGAUUUAAAACAGCUGUGUUCUAUUUAAUUUAAGGAGAAAUCGAAAUGUUUUUUACUCACCCGCUCUUGCAGCUGUGUUUUGAAGCCGAGUUAGCACGUUUAAAAAGAUUGACUGACAGAGCAAGUAAUAAAGAGAGAAAGAGAUUUCACAGAAGUUUUUUGAGAGUUCUUGUUACAAAAAAUAGCAAGUUCUUCCACCUUUAUCUUUUCCUUUGAAUGUUCCUUUUUCCUUACUUUCCACCCCCACCCCCCCACCCCCGGUUAAAAAACAAUAUGGAACCAAGCUACCCCCAGGUUCUUUUUUCUUUUUCCCCUUAUAGAAGCCAGUGGAAGUUUAAAGGAUCACUCGUCCAUUCUCUUCCUAUUAAAAUGUUCCUACAUAAUUAUGAUCAUCUUGCCUGUUACCAUUGUUUAUUUUUUUUUGAAAAUUUUAUUUAAUUAAUUUAGAAUAUUUUUCCAUGGUUACAAGAUUCAUGCUCUUUCCCUGUUUUCCCCCCAAACCCCUCCCAUAGGUGAAUUCCUCUGGGUUUUACAUGUGUCAUUGAUCAAGACCCAUUUCCAUACCAGUAAUAUUUGAACUAGGGUGAUCAUUUAGAGUCCAUAUUCCCAUCGACCCUUGUGAUCGAGCAGUUGUUUUUCUUCUGUUUCUAUUCCUACAGUUCUUCCUCUGAAUGUAGAUAGUAUUCUUUCUUAUAAGUCCCUCAGAAUUGUCCUUGAUCACUGCAUUGCUGCUAGAAAAGAAGUCCAUUACAUUUGAUUGUACCAGUGUAUCAGUCUCUGUGUACAAUGUUCUCCUAGUUCUGCUCCUUUCACUCUGCAUCAAUUCCUGGAGGUCAUUCCAGUUCACAUGGACCUUUACCAUUGUUUAAAUUAGUUUACUUGAAUAGGUUUCCCUUAUCUCCUAUGCUUGUAUUUCAGAGAUUCUGCCAAUCUCUGAUCUUUCAGGAAUACUUAUCCCUAUUCUACAAAUAGAAUAGAAUACUAUACACAUUUCUUACCUAGCUGAAUCAUAUUCAGUUUUAUAGGGUUUGUAAUCCUUGGUUGUAAGUCUAUCUGCUGCCUCUUAGAAUAUCAUACUUCAAGAUUUUCUCUCCUUCUUAGUAGUUGCAGCAUAGUCUUAUGUGAGCCUGGGGACUUCGAUUCAAUUUCUAGCUGCUUAUGGUACUUUUUCUCUUUGACCUGGAUGCUCUGGAUGUUGGCCCUGAUAUUCCUGGGAGUUUUCCAUUUAAGGUUUCUUUCAGGAGAGGACUAGUCCAUCCUUUUUGUUUUCACUUUGCUUCCUCAUAAUAGAUCUGAGAAAUUUUCUGUGUAUGAUUUCUUGAGAUAUAUUAAGUUUUUUGUUUGUGGUUUUCAGGGAGUUCAACAAUUCUUAAGUUGUCCAUUUUCCAGGUCAGUUGUUUCUGGUAUCAGAUAGCUAACAUUUUCUCCCUUUCUCCCCCUAAUCUUUUGACUGUGUUCUAAUAUUUCCUGUUGCCUAAUAGAGUUCACUAUUUGGGAAAUAUUUCCAUCUUUUGUUUCAUUGUUAAUUUUUUUUUCACUCCAGAGUUCUUUUUUCAGUUCUCAGGUUCUUUUUUUUAUGCCGUGCUCUAUUUCUUCCAGACUUUCUCAUUGUCUUGGGAUCAGGUUGAUUUUUUUUUUCCCUGAGACUUUAUUCAUACAUGUCUUGGGGGCCUCCCUUCUAGGUUUGCCAGAAUAUGCUGUCGGGUUCUGUACUUUCUUCUCUUUUCUCAUCUCUCUAGCCUUAGUUCUUAGACUGGAACUUGAAGCGAGAAUCCAACUGCUUUGUCCUGUGUUCCUGGAUAGGCUGGGCAGUCCUUUUCCCAUCAUAGCCCCUGGACUGGAAGCCCCCUCUCUAUUGUCCUAGCAGUUUUGAGGACCAACAGAGAAAGCUCUGCCUGUAUUAGGAAUCCCUGGCUUCUGGCUGCUAGCAAGUGCCUUUCAAGUUCCCUGCGGGGGCUUCUUUGACUUGGUACUAAACUGAUCAUGGCUUUGGCUGUGGCUCUGACCCUGACUGCCUGAGCACUUGGGCACUGCCUGCUUGGGGCUGCAGCUCUGACCCCGACUGCCUGGGCACUGCCCGCCUGCGGCUGGGGCUCUGACCUUGACCCUGGCUGCCUGGGCACUGCCAGGCUUCCAAGGAUCAGGGAUGUCAUGGGGCCUCCUUUGGCUUCUCACUUCCAUUUGAUGUGGAAGGUCUCUCAGACAUCCCCAGGACCAAGGUGAGGCCCCCUGUAUCUCCCCUGCUGAGUCCGGGGGCCUCAUGCUGUCCGGACACCCGGGUGAUUUCUCUCUUCCCUGCAGCUCUGCCUUCAGAGGCCUCUGCCUGUCCCCAGGAUCUGUGCCCAGUGGGAGAGGAGGUGGGGAGAGAAGAGAUGUCUCCAAAGCUCCCGACCUCGGGACACCAGGAGUCGCUGACGUUCCGGGACGUGGCGGUGCUCUUCACGUGGGACGAGUGGCGCCGCCUGGGCCCCGCGCAGAGGAGCCUCUACCGCGAGGUGAUGCUGGAGACCUUCGAGCACCUCGUGGCCCUGGCAAGGAACUCCUUCUAGAGACAAACCCAAUAAAUGGAAUGAAUGUGGGAAAGCCUUUAGCCAGAAUGCACUUUUUAUGUGUCAUGAGAGAGUUCUUUCAGGGGAGAAACCCUGUAAAAUUAAAGAAUGUGGGAAAGCUUUUUGCCCCUUGGGAAGCCCUAAUGAUUAUAAGAGAAUGUAUUCUCAAAAGAAACUCCAUAUUUCUAAUGAAAGCUGGAAAAUUUUUACUCUACAUCCAAGAGUUCCCUCUGCAAAGGAACCUUUUUAUUGUAACGAAUGUGGAAAAGCCUUUAGAUGGAGGUGCAAACUUAAUACACAUCAGAGAAUCCAUACUGGAGAGAAACCCUUUGAAUGUAAAGAGUGUGGAAGAGCUUUCCGUGACAAAUCUUACCUGCUACUACAUCAGAGAAUUCAUACUGGAGAGAAACCCUUUGAGUGUAGUGAAUGUGGGAAAAAUUUCAGCCUGAAGUCAUCACUUAUUUUACAUCAGAAAAUUCACACUGGGAAGAAACUCUUUGAAUGUAACGAAUGCAGGAAAGCCUUUCAUUAUAAGUGUUGCCUUACUCUCCAUCAGAGAAUUCAUACCAGAGAAAAACCCUUUGAAUGUAAUGAAUGUGGAAAAGCCUUCAUGUGGAAGACCCAACUUAAUAAACACAAGAGGAUUCACAUUGUAGAGAAACCCUUUGAAUCUGAUAACUGUAUAAAAACUUUCAGUCUGAAAGGAAUCCUUACUGAACAUCAGAGAAUUCCUAUGGAAGAAAAACGAUUUGAAUGUAAUGAAUGUGACAAAGCUUUUAGAUGGCAGUGUAAGCUUACUGCACAUCAGAGAAUUCAUACUGGAGAGAAACCCUUUGAAUGUAGAGAAUGCAGGAAAACCUUCCAUGAGAAAUCAUGCCUUACUCUACAUCAGAGAAUUCAUACUGGCGAGCAACCUUUUGAAUGUGAUGAAUGUAGAAAAAACUUCAGCCAGAGGUCAUCACUCAUUUUACACCAGAGAAUUCACACUGGAGAAAAACCAUAUGAGUGUAAUGAAUAUGGUAAAUCCUUCAUGUGGAAGAGUCAAUUUAAUAAACACAAGAAUAUUGCAAAUGGAAAGAAAUCCUUUGAAUGUAGUGUAUGCAGGAAAAUUUUCCAUGACAAAUCUCACUUUACUGUACAUCAGAGAAUUCAUACUGGAGAAAAGCCUUUUGAGUGCAGAAUGUGGGAAGAACUUUAGCCAGAGAUCAUCGCUCAUUUCACAUCAGAGAAAUCAUAUUACAAAGAAACUCUUUGAAUGUAAUGAAUGUAGGAAAGCCUUCUGUGACAAGUCCCACCUUACUGUACACCAGAGAAUUCAUACUGGAGAAAAACCUUUUGAAUGUAAGGAAUGUGGGAAAACUUUUAGCCAGAGUUCCUCACUUAGUUCACACCAGAGAAUUCACUCAGGAGAGAAGCCCUUUGAGUGUAAUGAAUGUGGGAAGGCCUUUCGGGACAAAUCUCAUCUUACUGUACAUCAGAGAAUUCAUACUGGAGAGAAACCCUUUGAGUGUAAGGAAUGUGGGAAAAACUUCACCCUGAGAUCAUCACUUAGUUCACAUCAGAGAAUUCACACUGGGAAGAAGCCUUUUGAAUGUAAUGAAUGCGAAAAAGCCUUCCGAGACAAAUUUCACCUUAUUGAACAUCAGAGAAUUCAUACAGGAGAGAAACCCUUUGAGUGUAAGGAAUGUGGCAAAACCUUCCAAAACAAAUAUCAGCUUUCUGUACACCAGAGCACUCAUACUGGACAGAAACCUUUUGUCUGUAUUGAAUGUAAGAAAACUUUCAUAUCAAAGAGUCAACUUAAUAAACACAAGAGAAUUCACACUGGUGAGAAACCCUUUGAAUGUGAUAACUGUGGAAAGGCCUUCACUCGCAAGGACCACCUUACUGAACAUCAGAGGAUUCAUACUGGUGAAAAACCGUAUGAGUGUGCUGAAUGUGGGAAAAACUUCAGCCAAAGGAAAUCCCUUACAUUCCAUCAUAGAAUUCAUUCUGGAGAAAGGCCUUUUGAGUGUACUGAAUGUGGGAAAAACUUCAAUUAUAAGAAGUCCUUUCUUUUUCAUCAGAGAACUCAUAUGGGAGAAAAACCCUUAGAGUGUAAUGAAUGUGGAAAAUCCUUCCAUAACAGAUCUCAGCUUGUUGUUCAUCAAAGAAUUCAUACUGGAGAGAAACCCUUUGGGUGUCAUGAAUGUGGGAAAGCAUUCUACAAUAAAUCUCAGCUUAAUGUACAUCUGAGAACACAUACUGGAGAGAAACCCUUUAAGUGUAAUGAAUGUGAGAAAGCCUUCCAUCACAAAUCUCAGCUUGUUGCACAUCAGAGAAUUCAUACUGGAGAGAGACCCUUUGAAUGUAAUGAAUGUGGAAAAGCUUUCCACAACAAAUCUCAGCUUACUGUACAUCAGAGAAUUCAUACUGGAGAAAAACCAUAUAAGUGUAAUGAAUGUGGGAAAAGUUUCAGCCAUAGAAAAUCAUUCAUUUUCCAUCUGAGAAUUCACACUGGAGAGAAACCAUAUGAGUGUAAUGAAUGUGGGAAAGCUUUCCACAACAAAUCUCACCUUACUGUACACCAGAGAAUUCAUACUGGAGAAAAACCAUAUGAGUGUAAUGAAUGUGGUAAAAAAUUUAGCCUGAGUUCAUCCCUUACUAAACAUCAGAGAAUUCAUACUGGAGAAAAACCCUUUGAGUGUAAUGAAUGUGGGAAAAACUUCAGCCGGAAGUCAUCACUUAUUUUACAUCAAAGGAUCCACACGGGAGAAAAACCCUUUGAGUGUAAUGAAUGUGGAAGAAACUUCAGCCAGAGGUCAUCACUGGUUUCACAUCAGAGAACUCAUACUGGAGAAAAACCCUUUGAGUGCAAUGAAUGUGGCAAAAAUUUCACCCGAAGGUCCUUACUUAGCAAACACAAAACCAUUCAUACAGGAGAGAACCCCAAGUAAUAUGAUAAAUGUGGGAAAGCUUUGCCAUGCAGAGUUAGUAAAGGAGAAUUUAUGCUGGAGGGGAGGCUUGAAACCUUUGAAACAGAGUUCAUGCUUGACUUGUUAUCAGAGACCUCCUAUUGACAAAUUUGAAAAACAGCAAAUGCAGAAAAGUCUUCAGCCAAACUGGAUGCUUUACUGACUGUCUGAGAGUGUGUGGUGAGAAAUCCCCUAGGGCAAUAAAAUGCAGGGAGGUCUUUGGUACUAAUGAACACUUUAGAAGGCUCAGACAAUUCCCACAGAAGAAAAAGUCAUGAAUACAGUAACCAUGGGAUGAUUUUCAUGGCAUAUAGUUCCUUCUUAUUUAAUAGCAUAGACUUGGUGCUGGAGAUGAGUUGCAGCAAUGUGCUAAUGGUGGGAGCCUCCUAACAGCUGGCUGCCAUUUGUUUGAUGCUGGAGUGCCAAGAUCACUGACUUGGUCACAAGCCACACUACUUUGUGGUGUUUUGAGAGAGGCAAAUAAUGAUUUUCUUUGUUUCUCCUGAACUCUAAGCAGUUUCUACUGGUUACCACCAGAUGGCAGUGGAGUCGUACUGGUUAGCACAUCUCCAACAAUUAUCUGAAAAAACGUCUUUUAUUUUUAACUCCCAGGCAUAAGUUAUAGGCAUUCAGAUGCAUAAGAAACCUCAGUCUGAAAGGUUUAUAUAUUGUUGUUUUUUUAAACCCUCACCUUCCAUCUUGGAAUCGAUACUGUGUAUUGGUUCCAAGGCAGAAGAGUGGUAAGGGCUAGGCAAAUGGAGGUUAAGUGACUUGCCCAAGGUCACACAGCUGGGAAGUGUCUGAGGCCAGAUUUGAACUCAGGACCUCCCGUCUCUAGGCCUGGCUCUCAAUUCACUGAGCUACCCAACUGCCCCCUUGUAUAUUGUUUUUUAACAUAGUCACAAAAACCAUCAGAGCAAAAUGGGAAAUAUAUUUGUGCAUUAAAUACUUUCUUCUUUCAUUAAUUUAUUUAUGUUUCAUAAUAAGUUUUAUUGAUGCCUUUUUCCCCCCAUCAUGCUCAUUUCUCCACAAAGCUUUACCCCACUCCAUCUGCUUCUCAUAAAAGUCUGGUGUCCAGCAUCGAUGCCAAUUUAUAACAAUAGGAACAGUGAUUCAAUAGGCAAGUUCUAGUGAAUAGGCAGAUUUAAGAUAGAGAAAUACAAAUUAUCCUCACCAUAUGAAAAAAACAUGAAAAAUCUCUAUGAUUCUAAAAUGUCUGAGAUUCUUUUCAACACUCAUAGAUUUCUCAAAUAUUUUUAAUGGUGAAAAGAUCUGAUGUUGGCGUGGUUAUGUCAAAAAGAGGCAUGCUUUUAUGCUGCUUGUGGAGUUGUGAAUUAUUUGAAUGACGCUACUAAAAAUAUUCCAUGUAAAACUCCUAAAAUAUUACAUAUUUUCUUAGUUAUAAGUCACUCUUUCCCUUCCUUCCAAAAAUAUCAUUGAUAACUUUUGUACAUCAUGUUCAUUUCCCAUCAUAUUUCCUCCCUAUCUCCUAUAAGGGACUUUCUUUUUACAGAUGGAAAAGAGUUAAUGGUUGGGCUACACCACUGUGACAAAAAUAAUAUGACUUUAGUUUACACAGUUGGUGCUUUGCCAAUGGAAAUCCCAAGGAACGACUUUUGGGCCCUAUGCACAAUAGUAACAUUAAUUUGGAGGGACAAAAGGUCUAGAAGAAUAGAGGAAUUAAUGGGGGAUCAAAUGUAGGAAUGAAGGAGACAUAGUCCUUCUAGACCCAAACUAUAUACCAGAGUAGUCUAAGUCAUCAAAAGUAUUUGGUACUGAUUUAAAAAGCAUAUCAGUGGAACAGAUGAGAGAAGACAGAAUCGGAACCAGUUAACAUUCGUAGCUAUUAGUGGGGCCAGUUAAGCUAUGACCCCCAAGUCAAACCAUGGUGUACUAUGGGUACCAUGACUUUAUUUUCAAUAUGCAUAAUGAUAUAUUUGUUAUUUAGGGUUUUAUGAUUGUAAAUACCUUCCAUUGGUCUUUCUGUUUGCUUCAUUUGCUCAUUCAUUACUUAUUAGACAUGAUUUUAUAAUCUCUUCCUCAAACUGUUCCUCCAUAAACCAAAAAGACUGAUUAUAAGCAUGCACAGCACAGCACAACGCAUUCCCAGACUGACCACGUGACCAAAUGUAUGCCCAUCUGCAUUCUAAGUUUGGCACCUUUCCAGCAGGAAGUGAGUGAUGUGUUUCAUCUUUAGUCUUGUGACAUUGCAUUGAUUCUUCCUUUACGUAAAUGCAUUGAUUUUGCUUGUUAGAGCAAAAUCAGGAGAACCACAUCUGGACAUUGCUAGAUUAAUGAGUAAGGCUCCUCCUCUAGUCAUAGGCUCUUGUGAAGAUUGUUUUUCUGCUAGAUAAAGCUCCCCUCUCCCACCAUCUAAUAAGCAUUCCUAUAUAGAAUCCCAAGGUAAACCUCUAAGGGCAGACCGUGAGCCAAGGGCCAUUGCUCUCUCAUUGGACAGCCUCAUAUCCUAAUGCUAUCUCCUGGCAAUGGCCACGUCAUUCCGAGACUUCAAGAAUUCCCUUGAACCAUGGUACCCAUACUCAACUGUGCAAGCCUGGAUAAAUUUGCUUCUUUCCCCCCCUUAUGCCCCUAAGGUAGAUGAGGUCUCCUGCUGGUUCUGGAGUUAUGGUUUGAUAGAUUUAUCUACUUGGGUCCAAAACGAUGCCCCACACCAGAGUUUACAAAUGCGAUGUCAGCGUUCCUUGUUAACAUAACUUUCCUAGGGACAGGGGAAAUGAAUGUUCCAUUCCUUUCCCCUUUAUCCCCUAUAAUAUAUUAUAUACUCUCAAGGACCCUAAACUAUAGUUUGGGGAGUGAAGGAAGCAUACUUUGCUUUUCUAACAAGGGUUACCAUAGCACUCCAAGGAGUAGUGUGAAGUGCAGCUGUGCCCUUUCCUGUAAAAAAGGUGAAAGUUGAGAAGCCAUCUUUGGAGCCCCACUCCUGUGAACUCAUUUGUCAUCGAUCUAGAGCUUUGCAGCAUCUCAGUCUACUAGGACUCUCUUCCUGAAUCUUCAACUGACUGGAUGGAAUGUACUCUUCAAAAUCUGAUGUGGAUACGUGUCUUGGCCAUGGGGUCUUGCUUUCCCCUCCCUGUAGCAUGGACACUGAUUGACUAAAAAUAGUCACUCAUUUGGAGAGGCAUUUGCUGCCAAGUAUAGAAAUAAAAUGGGUAUUUAACAGGAUCUAUUCUUUUUGUUUUAAUGAAGGAAUCUUAGAGACCUAGACAAACAGCACUGAUUCACUAGCCAAGUGUACAAUAAACCCAGGACCAUAAA